GAUUUACGACCCCCCAUGGAUUUGCUUUCCAUCAAAGAUAAGAAUCCACCUUUGGCGAAUCUUAUCGUGUUUUGCCAAAAUAAACUUGCGCUUUUUGCUCACUUGGCCUUCGUCCGGAUCGGGGUUCUGAGGCUUGCCAGUUGCCAAAAUGACCAAUCGCAGGUGGUUCGACGACUGGAAGGAAUACCGUAUUCCCUGGCCAUGUUCCUAGCGGAUUUCAGAUCUUGGACGAACGAAACGUGGACCGAGGACGGCUGGCGGGAUCUGUUGUGCAUGCACGAGCUGGAACAGUUCGGUUUGGGGCUACGGAGUGAUCAGCGAUGGGCUCUGCAGUUGUACGAUUCGUGGGGAAAAAUGCCCUCUGGAUUGGAGCGUGGAAACUCGUUUACUCCGGGUAGUUUUGAGCAGUGUCUGGAGUUUUCUCUGCACAACAGUGCAGCAUCUUUCGAUGGACAUCACUGUACUGUGCGGUUGAACUUGCGAUAUGUAGAGUCUUCAUUGGAUGAAUUUUGGAUCGGCAUUUGUGUACCGAAUUCGUGUGAAGCGAGAUUUGUAAAACGGAUGGUGGAUAGUUUUGCAGAAGAAUACAGCUAUCUUAAAGUGCCGGACUUUCGUCAGGAAGACUUCUGUUAUCGGGAUGACCCGAACUGGAGUUUGAGUGGAACCGCCAUUGCUGCCAUCACCAUAUUUGCUAUAAUUGUUGCAGUUACGCUUGCUUGCACAAUCGUGGAAGUCCUCGGGUUUAUUCUCCAACGUCCAGUACACAAGCUGGUCAAAGAGCUUUCACUCUACUACAAACUCUUCACACUGUUCAAAACGACUCCCAAGUCCGAAGAGAAAACUGACACGAUGGACUGCAUCAAUGGAAUCCGCUCGUUUAUGAUGCUGCAGAUUAUCUCACACCACGUUCAUAGCGCUAUACGAACGAUACCGACCACGAAUCACCUCGCCCGGGAAGAGUUCUUCGAGUCUGCCUUCGGAAUCUUGGGCUAUCGCGUGUCGGCCUUGUCAGCGGACAUAUUUCUGGUCUUGAGUGCUGUACUUUUGACUUAUAAUGUUCUGAAGGAGCUCACUGCUACCGAAAAGGUCUGCUUGCCGAGACUGUACUUCCGACGUAUUGUGAGGAUUCUUCCACCGUAUGGAUUCCUCAUUUUCUUUGUAGUGGCUUUCGCGGAGUAUUUUGGCGAAGGGCCUCUAUACCAGUACUACGUUCAUCCAAUGGUAGACGCUUGUACGGACAAUUGGUGGUCCGCACUGUUGUUCGUCCAGAACUAUGUUCAUCCAGAUCGAAUGUGCCUGCCGCACACUUGGUACCUCUCGGUAGACAUGCAACUCUAUCUCAUAUCUCCACUAUUUAUCUACCUGCUCUGGAAAUUCGGCAAACGCUCACUGUUUGGCCCUCUACUCGUUGCGCUGCUGUCGAUGGCUUGCGUGUUCACGACCUUCAUGGUUAACGACUUCGUACUGAAUCCACCAAUGAGCCCGGACCGGGAAUUCCAACGAGAUCGGCUCACCCAUUACCCGACCCAUGCCCGAAUGGCCGUUUGGUUCUGCGGCAUAGUAUUCGGAUAUUUGCUGUUCCGGACCCGCGGGAAGCGAGUCGUUUCAUCGCAGCUUAUCCUUGUAGGAGGAUCGAUCGCAGCAACUGCGUUGACUGGGGUCAUCAUGUUCUGCGCUCACGAAAUCUACAAACCCCGGGAGGCCGACCCACUUGGAGACGCAUUCUACGAGGCGUUGCACCGGGUCGCUUGGGUCAUCUGUAUCAUGUGGCUUAUCUUCAUGUGCGUCAACGAGCAUGCCAGCGCCCUGGGACACUUUCUAGCGUGGACAUUCUGGCAGCCGGUGGCGCGACUGUCGUACAACAUGUAUCUGAUCCACUAUGUCGUUAUUGUGAUUAGUUUCAGCGGAAUGCUACGUCAACCAUUCUAUUUCAGUGCGAUAAACUUGCAAUACGUAAAUUUCGGUGUUAUCGGUUUAACCGGAGCGUUAUCGCUCGUUUGGUGGUUGCUUAUCGAGCAGCCAUUUCAGGUAACGGUGCGGUAUGUGCGAGAGAGGCUUCAAAAAUCAAAACAAUAAAGCUUAGCAAUUGAUAAGGCA